AUGGAGCUCAGCUUCUCCAAAACCCUAAACCCCACCUUCAACCCCUUUCUUCUAUCCGCGAAAACCCGGACUCUAACAGCUUCUUAUUCCUCCUUUCUCCCAAUAAUCUGUCUAUCCCUUCAAGACCGAGCCUGGCGAAAUGCAUCUCAAAGGCGAGAAGUCCGGGCAUUCGCCGGCCGGAGCAAGAAGAAACCAGGGGGGCCGUCCACUGGCCGAAUUGAAGGGAACGCGGAGGUCCGCCGGAAAAUCAAACAGAGCGCGCGGCGGAAAACUUGGAAGAUAGCAGAGUCCAACUUCUACAAGCUCAAGGGUUCCCACAACAACCACCCGGACAACUUCACCGAGGACGAGCUCAACAUGAUGGGGCUCGGGUACGAUCGGAUGGUCCGGUUCAUGGACAAGGACGAUCCCAAUCUGAAGCACCCGUACGACUGGUACAAGUACGGAGAGUUCGGUCCUUACUCAUGGCGUGGGGUAGUCAUCGGGGAGCCCAUCAGAGGGACGAUUACUGAUGAAUGCGUUACCAUGUACAGCGAGACGAAGAGCCAGGAGGAUUGGGAGCAUAUAGAGCAGCAUGAUAUGAACGUGGAUUUCGGCCAGAGGCUAGAUGAAUUGGACAAAGAUGUCGGCCUUAGAAGGUACUGGGUGUUUGUGAGGCACCCUAGGUGGAGAUUGAGUGAGCUUCCAUGGCAGCAGUGGACAUUGGUGAGUGAGAUUGUGGUUCAAGCAAGCAAAGAGCAGAGGGUGGAUAAGUGGAAUUUGAUGGGGAGGUUAGGCAACAAAGCUCGGAAAUUGAUUGCCCGAUGUGCUAGCUGGUUCAGGCCAGAUAUCGUGUACGUGAAAAGACCUGUUUUCCAGUGUAGAUUUGAGCCCCAGGAGGAGUUUCUCAAAGCUCUGCUGCCACUUUUGGACCCUGAAACAGAGAAGGAUUGCUUGUUUGAGCUGAAAAGUGAAGAUGGAGCAGCUACUUUUGUGACGUAUUUCGAAGGGUUGUGCAAGAUUGUGAGGAUUAACCAGAAGGCAUAUGUGGAUGAUGUGGUGAAGGCUUUUGAGAAGUUGAGUGAUGAGAGGAAAUUGGGAUGUUUGGAAUUCCUCUUAAAGAAUCAUCCUUUACAGCUGUUGCAUCCUUACACAAAAGAAUGGAAGGCCAAGUUAGAGGAGAUGGAACUGGGAUGUGAUGCACCAGAUGAAGGGGAGGAAAAAGAUGGGAACUAUAAUGAUACAAAUGAUCUAGAGUUCACUGAAUGGAUAGAAGAUGAUAGCGAGGAUACGAUUAUGGAGAUGGAAGAUGGAGCUCAUGAAUCGGAUGAAGGAGAUGAUGAGUCUGCUGAAGAAGAAGAAGAUGAGGAGGAGGAGGAGGAGGAGAAUCCAAACUAUUGGGAGGAGAAAUUUCGCAAAGCAGUGAGUAGUGGAGAAGCAAUGGAGGAGAUUGUGAAAGAGAGUGUGAAGAGGACUAAUGCACUCUACAGUAGGCAGCUGAAAUCCAUGGAACCUCAGGCAAGUGAAGAGGCAAGUGACGAGGAUGAUGAAAAAGUAGAUGGAGUUGGAGAUGAGAGGUCCCUCAGAGGAGUGAGAGCCAAAGUUAGUGCAGAAGAAUGGAAGAUUGCUGGAAUUGGUAGAUGGAGGAAGAGGAUUAAGAAGAGUAAAAUUCCUCCUGAACUGUUCUUGAGAGCCGCAGUUAGGCCAUUUACUUACAGGAAUCUUGUUAAGGAGAUCGUGUUAACAAGGCAUGCCAUAUUGGAUGGUGAAAUUGGCAGGAGAAAGAACUGA